CAUUAUUUUUUCAUGUUUCUUUGCGGGUCUGUAUACUUUUAAUUAAAUAAAUUUUUAUGCCUAAUUUUUAUAUAAAAGAAGAUGGAAUCACGACAAGAGUAUUUGUCACAACUACGAGAUUUUAUAAAAGAAGUUGAUGAAGAAGUUACUAUGGUACUUCAAAAUCUACAGUGGGAUAAAGACAAAUCAAUGGAGGCGGAGCCAUUGGUAACAUGCAAGUUUGAUACAAAUCAUAGAAUACCACUAAGAAAACAAAAGGAACAUGAAGAUAAAUGUUUUCUUAAAUAUCAAGGAUAUCAUUCAAAUGUCUUUUUGCCCGAGCCUUUGGAACCAAGUGCUAAGACUCUUGUAAAAUUUACUUCCGAUGAAAUAAAACAGAUAAUAGAUUCAGCAUCAGAAAACGAUUCAUUGUUUAAAAGAGGUAACGGAAGUGUAGUGUCUCAGCCACUGACUUUGGAUCGGAUUACAACAACAUACACGACAGAUGAAAGAAGAGCCAUUCACGAUGCUGUCGUUAACACUAUGCCAUCAUUUCACGAUCUCUCCGAUCUUGCACUACCCAGUUGUGGUCCAUCGGAGAGCAAGCAGAAGUGUCGGCUGGAGGUGCUGGCCGAGCUGCGCGACAUGCGGCGCCGGCGGCCGCGCUACCGCGUGGCGCUGCCCGCCGGGAGCUACUCCUGCGCACUCAGGGAUCUGAUCGCCUCGCAAAUGGAAAUGUAUACAGGUUCAAAUACGGGAAUUAAAAUCGAGCAAACUGGUGAGAAAAUUAGUAACAAGUCACGAAAUCAUACAAACAGACAUGAAGACAAACACGCACGAAACGUUGAUAAGUGUAAGACAGGAAAUCUGAGAGACUUCGAAGAUCGGGAGCGCUACGUGCGAGAUAGUGCAGACAAGUUCAGUAACAAGGACGCUCGACACUCCGAAGUUAGAAGCGACCGAGAACGUUCGUCGUAUUCGAACGAGAGAGACAGAAGACGUAGUAGAUACGAUGAUAGAAAGAGAUGGGAAAAGAAUAACGAUUCUCAUAGUGAGGACCGUAUAUAUAGUUCAAAGAACAGACGCAACGACGAUCACAGAGGAAGACAUAGAGACAGAAAAGAUGAAUACAGAAGAGAAGAGAAAAGUGAGCACAGGCGAUAUUACGAUUACGACAGCCGCUAUGGGAAACCGGGAAAACAGACGGCCAAAGACAAAAGUCGUCGUAAAGAAAACAGAUAGAGAUGUGCCUGUCAGUAUUACCAUAAUUGUAUGAAG